AUGUCGCCACCGAGCGAUGCUUCCAAAAUUUCUAUGAAGGGUUUCUCCUUGGGCGCAACGUCCAAAAAUGGCUCAGCGAAACCAAACAGCAGACCACAUCCUAAAUCUGGCCUAGGAAAGCGACCUAGAAACUCUUUCGCGCACGAUGAGGAAGAUUCCGAGGAUUCGGAUUAUGGCACAAGUGCGAGAAGAGGAAAAUACGAGGCUGUUACUGGGUUUGCGGAUGGGGAUGUAAUUAAAGAGGGAGAAGAGAAGAGAGUGGCGGCUCCUCUGGUCAUUCCGAAACAAGAGAAUAGGGAUUGGAAGGGAGAGGCAAGGGAGAGGAAUGGCAGAGGAGGAGCAGGAGCGUCAAGAAGGAGGAAUUUGUUACCGGAGGAGGAGCAGAAAAGGAGAGCUAGGGAAGGGAAAGAUGACGGUGCGGAUGUCUUUAAUGGAAAUGACGCGGAGAUUAAGUGGGGAUUAACUGUAAAGACAAAGGUCAAGGAGGAACUAGAUGAUGAUGGGGGGACAAUUGAGCAGGCGGCGGAAGUGGAAGAAGUAGAAAAUAAGCCAAAGUUAAAAACAGAAGAUGAGCUAGCAGUUGAGGCGUUGAUGGGCUUGGAUUCGAAACGAAAAGGGCCAGAUUUGAUUAUCCCUUCUGUAAAUGGAAAUGGAGAUGUCAAUGAAUUCGCUUUGGAAGAAGAUGCGUAUAGAAAAGCUAUUGCAUCAGCACCUGAUGUUUCGACAUUAGAAGAUUACGAGGCGGUACCGGUGGAAGAAUUUGGAGCGGCGCUAUUACGAGGGAUGGGCUGGGAUGGCAAAGAGAGAAAGGGUGGUGGAAAGGAAGUAAAGAGGAGACAGAAUUUACUAGGCCUAGGAGCGAAAGAAUUAAAAGAUGCAGAAGAACUAGGGGCUUGGGUGCAGAAGACUGAUGCUAAAAGAUUACGACCUGGAGGGUCGUCUUAUUCACGUGGAGGAAGUGAUAGAGACAAAAAAAAAAUUGGUGAUUACGCUAGGGAGAGGGAUGAAAGAGCUUAUCGUAGAGAUAGAGACGAGGGUCGAGACAGGGAAAGGGAAAGGGACAAAGAACGUGAUCGUGACAGGUCAUAUAGGAGAGAUAGGGAUGAUUAUAGAGAGCGCAGGAGAUGA